GAAAUAAAGAAUUGUUGGUACAAGGUCAAAUUCUUACCCAGAAAAUAUUAUGCAGGGUAGCUUAGUUUGGUUAAUUAGGUUAACAGGCAACUAAUAGUUAGGCCUGAACUGGUCACAUGUCCCUAUCAUUACCAAAAUAUGAUUAAUUGACUUUGAUCACGUAGCAAUCAUCAUAAAUAACAAUAAUCAUGCCGCUUAAGCAAGUAAGCCUACGUGUUAUUAGUAGUCGGCUAAACCAAAUUUGAGUUCUUAGCACUGCUUAAAUGGAUUUUGGUUAGGCUGCGGGACAAGGCUGGCUAGUCAAGGAUAUGCCGUGUUUGGUAUGGAUUAUGAAGGCCACGGGCGGUCGAUGGGUGCUCGAUGUUACAUCAAAAGAUUUGACAACAUUGUCAAUGACUGCAGUGACCAUUUCAAAUCUAUUUGUGGGCAGGAAGAAUACAUGGGAAAAAGAAGAUUUUUAUAUGGGGAGUCAAUGGGAGGAGCAGUGUCUCUGUUAAUACACAAAAAAGAUCCUGCUUUCUGGCAUGGCGCUGUUCUUGUUGCUCCGAUGUGUAAGAUCUCUGAGAAGGUGAAGCCACACCCCCUGGUUAUAAGUCUUCUAACUCGGGUGGAAGACGUAAUACCGAAAUGGAAGAUAGUUCCUACAAAGGAUGUUAUUGAUUCGGCCUUCAAGGAUCCGAUUAAACGAGAAGAGAUACGAUGCAACCGGUUGAUAUACCAAGAGAAGCCAAGGUUGAAGACAGCUCUCGAAAUGCUCAGAACUAGCAUGAACCUUGAAGAGAGUUUGCAAGAGGUGACUUUGCCAUUCUUUGUGUUGCAUGGUGAAGCGGAUACAGUGACGGACCCGGAGGUGAGUAGGGCAUUGUACGAGAGGGCGAGUAGUACAGACAAGACCAUAAAACUAUAUUCCGGGAUGUGGCAUGGUUUGACGUCCGGUGAGCCAGAUAGCAACAUUGAGAUCGUCUUCUCUGACAUUGUAUCAUGGCUCGACAAGCGUUCUUCUUGUGAAGACAUGAAAUCAAUUCACCAAUCUAUCCUUGUUCCCGAGAAACUAAAUGUCACGGCGUCGCUGGUGACAUUAAAUGGGAAAAAGCAGCAUAAAACUAGGUCGCACAUGAAAUAUAUUUGUGGCUGGAAGAGCCGUGGUGCGUGCCAUGACUCUGCGAUGUAGUCCGCAGAGAAAUAAUGGAAAAUCCCUUAUUUUCUUAUUUGAAAUGUUCUCUGGUAACUUAUUUCAUUUACUCAAUGUGAACAGUAGUCCAAGAAUCGAAAUGAGAUAACAUUGCUUUCUUCUAUUGAAUAUACCAAUUGGAUUACUGAAAUCUUUAUCUACACAACCUGAAUACCAUACUAUGUACCGUUAGUGUUGAUUACUGGGAAUUGUUUCCUUGUGUUUA